AUGACCAAGCUCCUCACCUACGGAGCCAUCUUUGGUCUCCUCACUGCUCUCUACUAUUUUCUGGAUGCGCGUCUUGAAUCGUUUUACAUCUUCACACCGACUCAACUUCAUGAUCUGUCCCAACGCGCUAUUGGUGCUCAUGGGAAUGAUACCGCGCAAGUUGUGAAGUACAUUGUGGAUGAAUUGAGCGAGCAGCAUCCGGGUGGUUAUAUCAAUUUGGAUCAGGAAUGGAUUUUUAAUAAUGCUGGCGGGGCUAUGGGUGCUAUGUAUAUUAUUCAUGCUAGUAUUACAGAGUAUUUGAUUAUUUUUGGAACUACAAUUGGUACCGAAGGACAUACUGGUCGUCAUACAGCCGAUGACUACUUCCAUAUCAUAGCUGGUACUCAGCUCGCUUAUACUCCUGGAGACUUCGAACCUGAAGUCUAUCCCCAAGGAAGUGUUCAUCAUCUUCGUCGCGGUGUCGUCAAGCAGUACAAGAUGGAUGCAGCUUGUUUCGCUCUUGAGUAUGCUAGAGGUUGGAUCCCACCCAUGUUGGGCUUUGGUUUUGCAGAUACUCUGACUAGUACUUUGGAUUUCCCAACCUUGUGGAGAACUAUUUGGGUUACUGGUAGAGAGAUGAUUUCGAACCUUGCCAGGCUCAAGUUGUAG